UAAACAUACAAUAUCUAUCUCUAAGCAACAGCGUGAAGCUUGAUCACUUGAGUCUUUUCUAAAUUUUCCUAAUUGUAUAGUAUAUAAAUCUAUAUCUAAAUAGUUAAACUCCUAACAAACAAAAAUGCCAAGCGGAGCAGAUGAACAGGUUACUAUGGAAGCACCUCAUAUUUAUGUUGAAAGAACUCUUGCAAUAAUAAAACCAGAUGCUCUGCAUAAAGCAGACGAAAUAGAAGACAUAAUUCUGAGAUCUGGAUUCGCUGUUUUGCAGAAAAGAAGAGUGCAUCUUACACCAGAGCAAGCCAGUGACUUUUACGCAGAACAUUACGGAAAAUUGUUUUUCCCAAGUCUUGUUGCCUACAUGAGUAGUGGACCAAUCAUCACUUUGAUGAUUGCCAGGGAUCAAGCUAUAUCUUACUGGCGAGAACUCAUUGGUCCAACCAACACAUUAAAAGCCAGACAAACACAUCCAGAAUGCUUACGUGCCAUCUAUGGUACAGAUGAUCAAAGGAAUGCCCUACAUGGCAGUGACAGUUUUAGCAGUGCUCAAAGGGAGAUCAGAUUCUUUUUCCCAGAUUCCAUUGUGGAACCUGUGGCCACUGGUCAAGCUGCUAAAGAUUAUUUAUCUAAAGUUGUCAAUCCUACACUUUUAAAAGGUUUGACAGAUCUUGCCAAAAAGAAACCAGAAGACCCAGUUUUAUGGCUGGCUGAUUGGUUGCUGGAGAACAACCCUAACAAGCCCAGAGUCAGAAAUCCUAUUAUAGAGUAUCCAGACUGAUAUUUGAGAUGCCUUUGAAUCGACAUCAUAUUUAUAUGUAGCCUUGCCUGACUCAGUGUAAUGAAACGGUCUACAAAGUCAUUUGAUUGUUGGUUUCCCUAAAAUGUUUUCUGUUUUGUUAGGAUAAUCUAUGAACUUUUGAUUAUGAGAAAGAUAAAAUUAUUCAAAACUAAAGUAAAGCAAAACAAAGAUGUUUCUGGAUCUCUACAAAGCUGUAAAAAUAAAAUGAAUGUAUUUAA